AUGGCAAAAAGAACAAACCACACAAACAGAAACCAGAACAGAAAAGACCACAAGCAUGGUAUUAAAAAGCCAAAAAGACAUGCAUUGAUUGACACGCCAGGAGUAAAUAUUGCUAGGCUUAGAAAUGCAUACUUCAGUAAACUCGGACAGUUAAAAAAAGCUGAAUAA